CAAACUUGCCACUACAUUCACAUCACAUCAGCAUCACACUCACUCCAUGAAUCAUCAUCAUAAUAACACGAAGAUUACAGAAAUGGUAGGUUCACAAUUAAAGCAUAACAAGUACUUUUCAGUUUCAAACACACACAUCAACAAACCAACCAAUUACCAAACCCAAAAAAAGCGCGAUUCAACCAUUAACGUGUCCACUCUCAUUUCCCUCUCUUUCUCUCUCCUGAAAAACUGUAUUGAUUAUUUUGAGAUCGAUCAUCAUUGAUCAACGAAUAACGAUGAUGUCGAAACCAAUGAGAAUGCGAUCUCUCUCAGACGGAGAUGGAUCAUCGCUAACGUUAAGCGGAGAAUUGAAGAAGAGACCUAAGUUUCAGUACUCUGGUUGGGUAUUUCAUCUCGGUACUAACAAAAUAGGUCACGAGUAUUGUCAUCCUCGUUUUUUAUUCAUUAGAGGAAAGUAUGUCGAGAUGUACAAGCGCGAUCCUCAUGAAAAUCCUGGCAUUAAACCUAUACGACGAGGUGUUGUUGGACAAACUCUUAUGGUUGAAGAGCUUGGAUUUCGAAAGGUUAAUUGUGGCGAUGUGCAUGUUCUUCGAUUUUACAAUCGCUUGGAUGAAUCAAAGAAGGGAGAAAUUGCUUGUGCUACAGCUGGAGAAGCUCAAAAAUGGGUGGAAGCUUUUGAGCAAGCAAAACAACAGGCAGAAUAUGAGCUAUCAAGAGGAGGAAGGGCCAGAGACAAGUUGAAUCUGGAGGCUGAGAUUGAUCUUGAUGCGCAUCGUCAUAGGGUGAGGAGAUAUGCACAUGGUUUCAUAAAGCUUAUAAAAAUUGGUCAAGAACCACUUUCGCGGCAAUCAUCAUCCUUGGCAGACUCUGCUCGGACAGAUGGGUAUUUGGGAGUUGAUGGAGAUGCUGAUGCAAUCGAAGCACAUACAUGGAAAUGUGUGUGCACUAUGAACGGAAUUAGAAUCUUUGAGGAUGUUGUGGAGUCCAAGGGUGGUAGAGGUAUUCUUGUGAAGUCCGUGGGAAUAAUUGAUGUCAGAGCAGAAACUGUCUUUGAUAUUCUUAUGAGCCUUGAGCCCUCUAGGAGAUACGAGUGGGAUAUGUUGACUAGUGACUUGGAGCUUGUUGAGUCCAUAGAUGCGCAUUACGAUGUUGUAUAUGGUACUUAUGAUCCAAAAUACUUCACUUGGUGGAGUUCCAAAAGGGACUUUGUGUUCUCAAGGCAAUGGGUUCGCGGACAAGAUGGAACAUACACAAUUUUACAAUUCCCAGCAGUGCAUAAGAAGUGUCCUGCAAAAUCUGGUUAUCAACGAACGAAGAUAAAUCCUUCAACUUGGGAGAUAAAAGAUUUGGACGCAUCAGAUUCUACAACAGAAUCUCCAAGGUGUCUCGUGACGCAUAUGUUGGAGAUACAAUCUGAUAGCUGGGGUACAUGGAAGAAAAGCCGGUCUUCAAAGUUUGAAAAAUCUAUCCCUUAUGCAUUGUUGUGUCAGGUUUCUGGUCUGAAGGAAUAUAUUGGAGCAAAUCCAGUACUUAAAAAUAACUCCGCUACAGCAGUUCUUACUUCAAAAUCUUCUAAUAAUAGUGUUUCCAGCAGUGACUGUGACGAUGCAUCAGCAGAUGAGUUUUAUGAUGCGAUUGCUGCAGGAUCAUCUGAAGAUGAAGAUAGUGAUGACGAUAUUGAAGUUGAGAAGAAGGAUCAUGUGACGCUGGAGAAUGAUUCAUUGGACGUAGCAAGCUUAUCUAUGAAGAUGGCUUCAGCUCAUGAUGCAAGCAGCAUACUAGAUUCAGCCACAUCUCCAGUGCCUAUUGAAUUAAGCCAGUUUUGUGGUUCAUUGCAUCAAGGAAAAGAUGAUGAUGACAUAAAUUGCUGGACAAAUCCAGGUGGUGCAGGAUUCAUGAUUAGAGGAAACACAUAUUUGAAAGACUAUGCUAAAGUAAGAGCUGGUGAUCCUCUUUUAAAGCUUAUAGCAGUUGAUUGGCUCAAGGCUGACCAGAGCAUUGACAAGGUUGCAUUGCGUCCAUCCUGUGUUGUUCAGUCAGAAGCUGGAAGAAAACUUCCAUUUAUUCUCAUUUUUAAUCUCCAGAUCCCAUCCAAACCAAACUACAAUUUGGUUUUUUAUUAUGCCGCUGACAGGCCUGUAAAAGAAAGUUCACUGUUGGGAAAAUUUAUUGAUGGUACUGACACAUUUCGCGAUUCAAGGUUCAAACUCAUACCAAGUAUUGUGAAGGGAUAUUGGAUGGUCAAGCGUGCAGUUGGAUCAAAGGCCUGUCUUUUGGGGAAAGCCGUGACCUGCAGAUACCUGAGGCAAGACAAUUUUCUGGAGAUUGAUGUGGAUAUUGGCUCCUCAUCAGUUGCUAGAAGUGUAAUCGGUCUUGUACUUGGAUAUGUCACAAGCUUAGUUGUUGAUCUUGCAGUUCUGAUUGAGGCAGAUGAGGAGACUGAACUUCCUGAGCACCUUCUUGGGACUGUACGGUUAAGUUGUCUUCGACUUGAUUCGGCUGUAGAGGCUUGAGAUGUUCUCAAAAAGAAUGGUUAAUUCCGGUAUUAUUGCUGGCCAUCCAAACCUAAUGUAUUCUUUACUCAUUUGCAUCCCCAUUAUUCCGUGCAACUGAGUUGCUUGAAUUCAUCAAUGUACUCCUUAAUAGAGAGCUUAACAUUACUCUCCAUUCAACCAGUAAUGAAUUCUUUUGAUUGUUUCGGCCA